AUGGAAAUUAAACCACUGUUAAAGAGGCUUGGCUCUGUGGUGCGCAUUGUCUUUACUUUCCUCUUUGCCCUGCUGGUACUUGGAGUGGUAAUGUGGGCUUACAUUGAUGGAUUCCAGAUUGUCUCAUCCCAGUAUAGCAUCGUCUCCUUUGGCUUUUAUGGUGUUCUGCUUAGUCUCCAUGUGCUGUGCCAGAGUCUUUUUGCCUUCAUCGAGCACCGUCGGAUGCGUGCUCAACGCAAAACUUGCUCCUAUACCAAGACCAUUGGCUUCACUAUUUCUGCCUACCAGGAACACCCUGUUUAUCUGCGGGAGUGCUUGCAGUCAGUGAACAUGCUCAAAUAUCCAUCCAACCUGCUUCGUAUUGUCAUGGUGGUGGAUGGGAACUCAGAAGAUGACCAAUACAUGAUGGAAAUGUUCAAGGAGAUUUUUGCAGACCAGGAUCCUGGCUGCUAUGUGUGGCAAAACAAUUACCACACAUGGGAUCCAAACGUGCAGCACAAUGCAGCUGGAGAUGCUGGAUUGAGACUUGAGGUAGACCCCCAGCGCCUUGAUGUGGAGGAGCUAAUCCGAACAAAGAGGUGUGUUUGUAUAAUGCAAAAGUGGGGAGGAAAGAGAGAAGUGAUGUACACUGCCUUCAAAGCACUGGGCUCCUCAGUGGACUAUAUACAGGUGUGUGACUCGGACACUAAAUUGGACCCCUUAGCAACGGUGGAGCUGUGUAAGGUCCUUGAGAGUAACCCCAAAUAUGGUGCCGUGGGUGGAGAUGUGAUGAUCCUCAACCUGAAUGACUCCUACAUCAGCUUCUUGAGCAGCUUGCGGUACUGGAUGGCCUUCAACAUCGAGCGGUCCUGCCAGUCCUUUUUUGACUGUGUUUCUUGUAUCAGCGGCCCCUUAGGUCUGUACAGGAAUGAUCUCUUGCAGCAGUUUCUGGAAUCUUGGUACAACCAGACAUUUCUUGGCACACACUGUACCUUCGGGGAUGAUCGACAUCUCACUAAUCGCAUGCUGAGCAUGGGUUAUUCUACCAAGUACACAGCUCGCUCUAAGUGCUAUUCAGAGACACCAGCCCAGUUUCUGAGGUGGCUAAACCAACAGACACGCUGGACCAAGUCAUAUUUUCGCGAGUGGCUGUUUAAUACUAUGUGGUGGCACAAGCAUCACCUCUGGAUGACAUAUGAAUCCAUUGUGUCUGGAAUUUUUCCCUUCUUUGUCACAGCCACCAUCAUCCGAGUAUUUUGGGUAGGCACGCUGUGGGACAUCCUCUGGGUCCUUUGCUGUAUUCAGCUGAUUGGGCUGAUCAAGGCAGCCUAUGCUUGUGGCCUGAGACAAAGCCUAGCGAUGGUUUUCAUGUCCGUCUACUCUGUACUUUACAUGACAAGUCUUCUGCCAGCCAAAUAUUUUGCCAUUCUCACCAUGAACAAAAGCAGCUGGGGCACUUCAGGGCGCCGGCAGAUGGUUGGCAAUUAUAUCCCCUUGCUGCCCCUGUCGAUAUGGGCAGCCAUCUUGUUGGGAGGCUUGGCCUAUACAAUCUUCAGGGAAAGCCAGCUGGACUGGACCACAGAUGCAAAAAGGGAGGAGAUCAAGUUUUUGGUCUAUGGCGCUAUAGUGUAUGUCAGCUACUGGCUUGUAAUGUUCUUCCUCUACUGGGUAUGGUUUCGUACACUGUGCCGAAAACGUUCGCAGAGUUAUGAAGUGAGUGUAUAA